GUGACUCAUUCAGGAGAGGGCUAUAAAAGGUGCCACUCUCCUCUUCAGCAUUACAGUCAAAAAGCAAAGCGGAAGGGCAGCAAGAAAAGGAAAGCAGAGGAGAGAAGGAAUUAGCAGAAGUAAAAGUUGCCUGCCUUUCUAUAACAUAGUGCUGCAGUCUUCAUCUGAGAGCUUUCUGAAAGACGUUUUUAUCUUUUAGUGUCUUAGUUGUUGCAGAAUUUGUAAAAGGCAAAAUGAUGAGCAGCAAAGUUACGGUCACUGCUGUUGUGGUGCUCCUGUGCCUUCUGGCCACCAGUGAAGUGAUGAGUCUGACAAGCUUGGGAGUGGAGCUGCACUGCCGCUGUAUCAUGACAGAGAGCAAACCCAUCGGCCGCCACAUACAGAAAGUGGAGCUGAUUCCUGCCAACUCCCACUGCGAGGAAACCGAGAUCAUUGCUACACUGAAAAAGACAGGCCAAGAGGUCUGUCUAGACCCCGAGGCUCCCUGGGUGAAGAAAGUGAUUAAGAAGAUCCUUUCCAAAAGCUGAACAAAUGGUGAAAGGAACCCAUAUUUCAUGAGUCAGAGCUGUUUAAGAAAACAGAAAAGUACCGGGAAGUAUUCGUGUGAUCAGAUGAUAAAGUCACUCACCACAGUCAGCAUUAUUAAUCAACUGUUGAAACUGACAACAGAAGUGCAACUGAAUUUAUUCGUAUUUAUGUUUGUAUCAAACAUGUUAUUUAUUAACGAGUCUCUGCUUGCUUGUAUGACACUUACAUGUUUUAGCCAACUGUUUGAUUUCUCCUACUGUUCGCUUGUCGCUAACUGAUAUGUUAAACAUAUUUAUUGAUGUAUUUAUGAAAUGUAAAUCUAUCUGGAUUCCUUUGUGUAAGUCCGAUGACAACCUAUCAAUUAAUAAAACAAGGUUUAUAUGAAAUUGAAAA